GAGAGAGAGAGAGAGAGAGAGAGAGAGAGAGAGAGAGAGAAGGGAAGAGAGGGAGAAGAGAGGGAGAAGAGAGGGAGAAGAGAGGGAGAACUCAGUGGGCAGAAGGACAGCGGGGAGGGACAGGGACAGCCAGCUCAGCGCACUCGCCCCCUGCAGUCACCUCCUCCCACCUGACCUGGGGAAGUGGCCAGAGUGCAAAGUAGCAAAGUAUCAGAGACGCUGCGGGCUCCAACAACAAUCACCUGGUCCCCGCAUUGCUGGUGGGACCGCAGGUCGCAGAGGGGCGGACAGAUCAGCGCAAGGACUGGCUGCAGGAGACGGAGGCUACUCCCAAGAGAGAGGAGCGGAGCAAAGCCUGGACACCACCCUCUCACCCCCUUUCCUGAAGCAGACAGACAGACAGGCAAAUAGACAGACAGGAGCUCAGCAGCCUGGGGUGAUAUACAGGCUCUCUAGCAGCGACGACCUCCAAGCGUCCGGAGCGGCGACAGUCCGACAGCCGCAGCCACCACGAGUUCCCCACCAGCGCUGUGCCUGGGCAGCGCUAGGACCCCUGCCUCCAAGCCGAGGGCUCCUUUUGCUAGCAGUUAAAUAAAUCGACCAAACAACAAAGGCAAGCCACAAACCAAACUGACCCAACCAAAGCAUUCACUGAGAAACAAUACUUAUUCACAAAAGCCCCAAACGAAAUCCACUCAGUCAAGGCACCCGGACGCUGGGUCACUCCACUGUUCCUUCAGGUUGUCGACCAUGUGUCAAGCUGUGUAAGGAAACUGCCUGGAAAUGGACAUUUUGGACUGCUAAUGGGGACAUGGGACGGCAGUUACCUCUGAUCACUUGCGUGGAUUCUCCCGGAGCAGAACGACAGAAACCGCCAGUUACUUGUCCAGAUCUACAGCUGGAAUUGUGUGCUGAAGGAUCUAAAAACUCAUUUUAAUUUGGAUCUGGGAGAAUGUCUGAGCAAGGAGAACUGCCCCCGACCAUACUUGAAGAAGGGCAGACGGAGCCAGAGUCUGCCCCAGAAAAUGGCAUCCUCAAGUCGGAAAGUCUGGAUGAGGAGGAGAAGCUGGAACUGCAGCGGCGACUGGCAGCUCAGAACCAAGAGAGGAGAAAAUCCAAGUCAGGAGCAGGCAAAGGGAAGCUGACCAGAAGUCUUGCUGUCUGUGAAGAGUCUGCUCGACCUGGAGGGGAAAGUCACCAGGAUCAGGAAUCAAUUCACUUACAGCUUUCCAGUUUCCCCAGCCUGCAAGAGGAGGAUAAAUCUAGAAAGGAUGAUUCUGAGAGAGAAAAAGAAAAGGAAAAGAACAGAGAGAAACUCUCUGAGAGACCCAAGAUCAGAAUGUUAUCAAAAGAUUGCAGCCAAGAAUAUACAGAUUCUACAGGAAUAGACUUACAUGAGUUUCUAAUUAACACACUGAAGAACAAUUCCAGGGACAGGAUGAUACUCUUGAAAAUGGAGCAGGAAAUGAUUGAUUUCAUUGCUGACAGCAAUAACCACUAUAAAAAGUUCCCCCAGAUGUCAUCCUAUCAGAGGAUGCUGGUCCAUCGGGUGGCAGCGUACUUUGGAUUGGACCACAAUGUGGAUCAAACUGGAAAAUCUGUCAUCAUUAACAAGACCAGCAGCACCAGAAUACCAGAGCAAAGGUUUUGUGAACAUUUAAAAGAUGAAAAAAGUGAAGAAUCCCAGAAGCGGUUUAUCUUGAAGCGAGAUAACUCUAGUAUUGAUAAAGAAGACAAUCAGUCAGUUUGCUCCCAGGAAAGCCUAUUUUUGGACAACAGUAGGCUCCAGGAAGACAUGCACAUAUGCAAUGAGACCUAUAAGAAAAGACAGCUCUUUCGGGCUCACCGAGACAGCUCAGGAAGAACUUCCGGGAGCCGGCAGAGCAGCUCAGAGACUGAGCUCAGGUGGCCAGACCACCAGCGGGCCUGGAGCAGCACAGAUUCUGACAGCUCUAACCGCAAUCUGAAGCCCACCAUGACCAAGACAGCAAGUUUUGGGGGCAUCACGGUGCUGACCAGGGGCGAUAGCACAUCCAGUACCAGGAGUGCUGGGAAACUGUCCAAAACAGGUUCUGAGUCUUCCAGCAGCGCAGGCUCCUCAGGAUCACUGUCCCGCACCCACCCGCAGAGCACGGCCCUGACAUCUAGUGUGGCAGCUGGUUCUCCUGGCUGUAUGGCCUAUUCAGAGAAUGGAAUGGGGGGCCAGGUUCCUCCCAGCAGCACCAGCUACAUCCUCCUCCCACUUGAAAGCGCAACUGGCAUCCCGCCUGGAAGCAUCCUUCUUAAUCCACACACAGGUCAGCCGUUUGUGAACCCGGACGGAACUCCUGCGAUAUACAACCCUCCUGGAAGUCAGCAGACACUGCGUAGCACUGUUGGUGGGCAGCCCCAGCAACCCCCACAGCAGCAACCUUCGCCUCAGCCUCAGCAGCAGGUCCAGACAUCACAGCCCCAGAUGGCAGGGCCACUGGUCACUCAGUCUGUCCAGGGCCUGCAGCCAUCUUCCCAGUCUGUGCAAUAUCCAGCGGUCUCUUUUCCUCCCCAGCAUCUCCUGCCUGUAUCGCCAACGCAGCACUUCCCCCUGAGGGAAGAGCUGGCUGCACAGUUCAGCCAGCUGAGCAUGAGCCGGCAGUCCUCAGGAGACACUCCUGAACCUCCCUCUGGUACAGUCUACCCAGCCUCCCUCAUGCCACAAACAGCUCAGCCACCAAGCUAUGUCAUCACUUCUGCAGGCCAGCAGCUCUCCACAGGGGGCUUCUCGGACUCUGGCCCUCCCAUCUCCCAGCAGGUCCUGCAGGCCCCGCCCUCUCCGCAGGGAUUUGUACAGCAGCCUCCACCUGCGCAGAUGUCCGUAUAUUACUACCCAUCUGGUCAGUACCCUACCUCAACCACACAGCAGUACCGACCCUUGGCCUCAGUCCAGUACAGCGCUCAGAGGAGUCAGCAAAUACCACAGACCGCACAGCAAGCAGGUUACCAGCCAGUCUUGUCUGGUCAGCAGGGCUUCCAAGGCCUGAUGGGAGUACAGCAGCCAGCUCACAGCCAGGGUGUGCUGAGCAGUCAGCAAGGAGCCCCGGUGCACGGUGUGAUGGUCUCCUACCCAACCAUGUCUUCUUAUCAGGUGCCAAUGACCCAAGGUUCUCAAGCAGUGCCCCAGCAGACAUACCAACCGUCAAUCAUGCUGCCCAAUCAGGCAGGCCAAGGGUCACUCCCAGCCACCGCAAUGCCUGUGUACUGUAACGUCACACCGCCAACCCCUCAGAACAACCUAAGGUUGAUGGGUCCACAUUGCCCUUCUAGCACGGUUCCUGUCAUGUCUGCUAGCUGCAGAACAAACUGUGGGAGCAUGAGUAACGCCGGCUGGCAGGUCAAGUUCUGAGAGCUCAGGCUGCCUGCCUUCCACUUCAUCAGAUGUUAACUCAUGGCCUUCAAAGGAAGAGGAGACUUUAACGACUGGCUGAGGACUUCCAUGUACACUCAAUGUGCAAACAAAAGCUGCUGGUAUUCUGUACAAACUAAUCAAAGACUAAUACACACAUUAGCUGGUUAAUGGUGCAUAUUUCUGUCAUGUCUGCUAGGUAUGCCUUUCUAGCUUAGCUAGUGACAUGAAUUCAUCAAGGUAAGAUUUUCUCCUACCACUGAAUACCACUGUGUAGAUUACAAUAUCCCUGAUUCGGAUUAGUUUUGUACUUUGUGUUGAGUUUGUGAUGCUAAAAGUAUUUAAAUAUAUAUAUAUAAACUAAAUCACACGGUACCAAAGCUGUAAUGGAAAAAAGGAAAGAGUUAAGGAAUGGAAGGAAUAAUUUAUAUACACUCUAGAGUUUUCUUUUUUUAAAUGGAUAUAUAUGGUAUUGUAGUGUUUAAUCCAAAUAAAAGCUUAUUUGACCUUACGGAGGAAGGUCAUGUUUUUACCACCAGUUUGUUUC